AUGACCGAUGUUAGUCCGAUUGCUAAGACUUCAAAAGUACAAGAAUUUGCAGUUGAAAAGUUAUAUCAUGAAAUAUGUUAUAGAAAGGCCUCUAGGCUUCCUUCAGACGAUGGCACCGCAGGAUCAACUUGGGCAUUCACAAGAAAGGGCAAUUUAUUCCCUCUUAUUGGUGUUGAGGAACAUCACAAGAAUGAAAUCACUGAUCUAGUAUGGAAUCAAACCGGCUCUGCGUUAGCUUCAAUUGAUCAAAGAGGUAAAAUUGCCUUAUGGAUGAUGGAAAACUUUGUAAAUCAAUGGGAUUGUAAAUAUAAUGUUGAUCUGGGUGGAAAUAUUGUCGAAUUCGCAUGGCUUGAUUAUGUACGGAUGGUUUACGUUUGUUAUCAAGAUGGAAAGAAGAAUUUUUCAAAAAUUAGUUCAGAAUUGCCAUUCAUAUCUGGUCGUAUAUCACGCAUAUCACAUGCAGACGUAAUACUUGAUCAAGGUAUUUUACGUCUUUCUAUGACUACUGAUGUACACCUCACCGCUCAUAUCAACGAUUCAUCGUUUACUAUCGAUAGGGCUCAAGCUCCUAUCAUACAUUUAAAGUUACUAUUAGAUUCUCAGGAAAAUGUAAUUCGAUUGAUAAUCGUCACAGCUGACCAAGCUGAUAUUAAUGCUUAUAUUGUCUUACAAGAUAACGGGGAAGAUGACAAUGUUUUUAACAGUGAUGUGGUCAUGUGGGAACUACAGGCUUCUCCUACAAACUCAGAAGGAGGGAUUAGUAAUUUGUCAUCACGCGAUGGUGACCAUUUUAAGGAGAUUCGUUUUGUUACCAGUGAACAUUUACCCGGACAAUUAGUGACUAAUAUAUGGGUUCAUAAACAAGAACUUUUUAUUGGUUUCAGUAGUGGUCAGAUGCAAUUCCGUCACUGGUAA